GCCUCGUUCCCAGGCCUUACUUUUUCUUGCUGUUGUCACUGUUCAUCCAUAAAUCAUAGAAAGACAUAGUGAGGCAGCAAAGAAAGAAAUGGGCAUACAGUUAAGAAAAAGUAAGGCCUGGUUUGGGAAAUCGCGUGAUCCACAAGGAUUUUUAUGAACGUGGGCGAUAUGUAGCCCACAAUCGUGACAUAAGAUAUUCUCCCACGCAUUCAGAGUUUUAAUAAGACUGUACUGAGACAACCACCAAGCUGUGCUGCAAGUCAGAUCAGAGAACCAGCGUGGCCAGCUCUGGCCGGUGGCAGUAGCUACCUGCUAUAUGAUAAUGAUGACUAAGCUAUUCUUGAUCUAACCUGUAUAGACUAUAGCAUGUAGAAAGACACAAGAAAAGGUGAUAGUCUGAUAGAAUAGGAUAGAAUCUGAACACACAAUCUAGACUAGUAGAUCAUCUAGCUAAGCCUAAGGUAUAGCUAGCUCUAGUGCUUGCAAACUUCCAUAGAAUAGGAUAGAAUCUGAACACACAAUCUAGACUAGUAGAUCAUCUAGCUAAGCCUAAGGUAUAGCUAGCUCUAGUGCUUGCAAACUUCCAGUUCCAAGUCCAUGUCCAGCUUGCUGCAGGCAAAGUUUUAUUAGUCAUAGAUCUCUGCGUGGGCAGUCCAACAUCUCUAGCUCAGCAUGCCCACACUCAUUUUCACCCUUCUACCACCCUUCUACCCUCACGCGACUUCCCGAUACAGGCUCUCCUUUUUCCUAACUUUACGUCUAUUUCUUUCUUUAUUCCUCCAAUUAAUACCGUAUUUUAUCUCAUUGAACGAUUAAUACAGUAUUUUAUCUUAUUGAACGAUUGUGAUAAAGAACAGAAAAAGGAGAGCCUGUGUAGAGGCUAGCUACAAGUAGCAGCUUGUUAGUGCUGACUUUCUCAUGGCAGAGUUCAAGUUUAUGCAGGUGAAAACAACUUUAGAUGACAAACUAAAUUAUCUGGAGCUAAUAAACGCCGCUCUUGAACAGUGGCCUCUCUUGAAUUGUAGCCUCCUCUUCCAGCAAAAUGAAACAUUUAGUAGCCGCGGCUCCUGAUCAAGCAUAUACGGUAUACAGUAUGUACAACAAGGAAAUAAAACGCAUGGACUCACCUCUCACCCCAACAACCGAGCCAUCCAGCCCAUAUCAGGACAUUGAUGACACCGAGCCAUCCAGCUUCUGCCGUCAAGACCCAUAUCAGGAGUACUCUGAACAGGCCAGGCUGCAAGAGUCCGACUCCACCCCUACUCCAAAGAAGAGAUGUCUGCGAGAGAUACAGGAGGAGGGUCGGUCGCAGAGUUCUAACCACAACCUCAGUUCAGAGGAGGAUUCUGACCUGAAACAGGAGAGUGCCUUCGACCCGUGGCCGAGUUCUAACCACAGCCUCAGUUCAGAGGAGGAUUCUGACCUGAAACAGGAGGAGAGUGCCUUUGACCUCCUGUCGCAGAGUCCUACCCACAGCCUCACUCCAUAUGAAGAUUCAGAUGAAGAUUCUUGCCUGAAACAGGAGGAGGAAAUUGACGACAGCCUCUCUCAAAAAGACGCCACUGAUCUGGAGAAGGAGCAACAGGAGUCCGAUUUACAAUCAACUCCAAGACAAAGCAUUCAAGUCACACCCAAACCAAGCCUGCACAAAAUGCAGGGAGCAGAGGGAUGCGCAAACACGGGACCGGAAAGGCUCACAGAACCGUAUAGCUCAAAACCUGUGUAUACACCAAAAAGAACACGUCAGUAUACACGUCAGUAUGAAACAAAGGUAUUGAUGACUUCAACCGAUACCGAUACCGAUACCGGGUCAGACAGAGAAUCGGAGUACUUUCCAACACCACUACGACAGUUUAAAAUCAAGCUGCCCGCUUUACCAGAUAUUCCAAACAAUUGCACAAUCGCAGAGAUGCGACAGGUGGACAGCUUCAUUCAAAAGGUCAGCAGAGGCUGCAAAAGAACGGGCUGCCGUGGAGGGCUUAUUCCUGUUGAAGCGAGAACUCAGCAAAUGGGAGGAGCGGCACGAAUAAUCUAUAGAUGCAAGAGAUGCUCAAAGUAUUAUACUUUUGACAGUGCCAUUCUUCCGGAUCACCCCACAACCAGACAGAGCAAACUCAGCAGGGCACUACAGGUGGCCUUCAUUACAGCAGGAUGCACACAUGCAACAUACAGGAAGGUGCUUGAUAUCCUUGGCAUGGCGGCAGUGUCCUUUCCGACAUUUAUGCAAACUAUAAGGGAUAUGCACCCUGUAGUGGAGGAAAUGGUCGAGGAAAUGUGCUCAAGAGAGAAAGAAAGAAUGAAAAACAUGAGCCAGGAACAACUCGGAUCAUGGACACGAGCUGUUACUACUGCCGAUGGUGUCUGGCACACGCGUGGUUUCUUUAGCAAAAAUUCCACAUUCACCAUACGAAACUACUUCAACGGAGCACUGCUAUAUUUUAUACAUCUGUGCCAAAAAGGCCGAGACCACAUCAUCGAAGAACCGCUGUACAAAGGCACAUCUAAGUCAACUGAAGGGUACAGUGCAACACAAUUGAUGAAUGUGGCACGCACAGAGGGUUUGAACAUUGAAGUCCACUGGCAAGAUGGCGACUCUUCUUCGAGCAAACGUGUCUUAGAAGUGUUUCCCGGUGCCAAAAUCAUGUUGUGCGGAGGUCAUGCUGCAAAGUCUCACCUCAAGCUACUGAUGGUUCGAGGCAAGCAAAAGAAGUUCACUGCCGCACUACAAGACAGGGAGAAAAAAUUUUUUCCAGAAGUUGUUAAUGUCGAGUGUCACUGCAAAUCCAAAAAUUGUAAGGCAGGAUGCGGAUGUCUGACAGACGUGUUCUGCCAGCGUUCGAGAAAUAGCUUCUCCACCAUACUGUCGACCUGCGAGUCUGCCUCUGACUUCUCAAGACGACUCAGUCAUCUAACACACCACGUACAGGAUGAGCACCAAUGGGAGGAAGAACAAACAUGUGAAAAACACUAUCUAACCACCUGUAAAGAAUGCGAGUUCGAAUCUGACGGAGUGGUUGCUCGACAGUGUGACUUUCACCCCCUUACACUAUGUAACUGCGGCGAGUGUGCCGAUAAAAAUCACCACGAGUGUGAAGGGAAACUGUAUCGUACGAAAGAGGUAUUACGUUGCCCCUUUCACCUACUAGCAUACAAAAUUGAGUGCCUGACGAGAACAAAAAUGGCCGACAAGCUAGUCCACCCCAUCCUGAAGCGUGGCCACUCCAAUUGGCUCGAGAGUUCACACAGUGUUCUGAUACGAUUUAGACAAAAGCACGUAUUCUUAGAGAGGCUCCAUUACAUUGUCUCAACCAACCUCGGCCUAUUGCAAGCCAACAUGACACACGAGUAUCAACAACAGGGGGCUGACUAUCACUGGAAAACCGAGCUCUACAAAAAACUGAAUCUACCAUUGUACGAAGGUGUACAAGAGGUGUUGUCCAAGCAAAAUCAACAGAGGAAGAAAGUACUUGACGGAGUCAAAACAGAAAAGACCAAAAAACGACGAGUGCAGCUGAAGAAGCUAAGAGUGAUAGAUCGACAGCAACGCAUUCUCUGGACAGACCAACAUGGACGUGACACAUACGGCACUCCUGAUGGUGAUGACUCAGACAUAGAGUGUUACGACGGUGUCCCAGACGAGCAUGAUGUUGUCACUACUGAUAGUGAUGACUCAGACGUAGAGUGUUACGAUGGUGUCCCAGAUGAGCAUAAUUUUGUCACUUCUGAUGGUGAUGCACAUAGUGACCAUGAGAUUCCAGACGAGCAUGUCAGUGAAUGCAAUUGCAAUACUUUGACAACAGCUCACAAACACAUCAGCGAACCACACAUCAACGAUCGAACCAAUGCAGCGCAACCCGAACCACAACCCGAACCACAAAUCAACGAUCGAACCAAUGCAACACAACCCCACAUCAACGAACCGCCAUCGGGUGUGAACACAGAUUGUGGUAAUCUACUUGGCAGUAAUCUAGACAAGACGGACAGGCUAGAGGUUGGCAUGUACGUUUAUCUUCACAGCAGUCGUUUUGGAGAGCAACACCUUCUCUGUCGGAUUGCUAAAAAAGUAGGCAAUCUUUUUCGGUUGUAUUGUGGCGGUGGUAUUCUUAACGCAAGCUAUUCCCCAGAAGUGUUGACAAUUUCUUUGAGUGACAGUAACCACAGCCUUUCACUAGGGAAUUGGCGCACUUCUCCAAAAAUCUCUUUGGCUGCUGCCGCCCUUGAAGCUGCCUGCCUUGCUAAGUGCAAGUGUGUCAUUCCCAAACCUGUCGUUGUAGACAUUUCCGAAGAUGAUGGCCCUACCACAGCUGCUACAAGUGAAAAAGUAUGGAUGGAGAACUGUUUAUACAAAUUAACCAUCGCAGAAAAGGAAGAGGUAGUAUCUUCUUGUGGUUGGCUCAAUGACAGGGUCAUCACUGCUGCUCAGCUAUUAAUGCUACAGCACUCUCCUUUGAUGGAGGGAUUGCAACCACCUACGCUUGCACAGCGUCAGGCCUUCGAUUGUCACAAGGAUCAGAUCUUUGUGCAAAUUAUCAUUGUUGGUAACAGUCACUGGUGUGUUGUAUCGAAUGUGGGCUGUGACGAAGGUACGGUGAAUGUGUAUGACACGAUAUUUGCUAGACCUUCGAAUAUCACCGUACGGGUUGUAUGUAGCCUUGUCUCCUGUUCAACGCCCACACUAUCCAUCAAUAUGAUGGAUGUUCAGAGGCAGUCAAAUGGAUCAGACUGUGGUGUGCUUGCGAUUGCUAUCGCUUUCGAACUCUGCUGCCAUAGAGAUCCAUGUAUCCAGAAAUUUGGCAACACAGUUUCUAUUCGAUCUCAUCUUGCCAGGUGCCUUGAAGACUGCAAGCUUACCACAUUUAGCACAGGAAUUCGUAGGUGCCGAAACAGGGUUAAAUUUUCAAAGCAGGUUGAAAUUGCUUGUUUAUGUCGAGAACCCAAAGAUAAACAAUCGAUGGUGAAGUGCAAAAACUGUAAAGCCUGGUUCCAUAAGCACUGUUGCAGGGAAACCACACAAGUUGUAGUUCCCUGGGCCUGUACAUUUUGUAGAAACUAAUUGCUGUUGUUUUUUCCAUUAUUACUAGAAUAUCGUUAUAGAUAAUGUGGUUAAAUUUUGCUAUGAGGAUUUAGCUACUAUGGAAUGCACUGAAUCCCCUGAAGUGUAAGUGCGGUUACAAUAACAGGGCUAAUAUGACGUUGAGCAAUCUGAUAGGCUGCAAUGCUCGUUGCAGCUGAGACGAGUGACUGAUAGACAGUUUGCCAGUCCCUCGCGCUACGCGAGGGGCUGUCGCCGCCAGUCUAGGUCAAACUAGCCAUAACUCGAGCUACAUAACUUUACUGUAGACUGGCGGCGACAGCCGCCCGAGCGCGAGCGACUGGCAAACUGCCUAUCAGUCACUCGUCUCAGCGGAAGUGUAAUAGAUUGUAUGACACUACUAAACAUGAAUAUUAUUAUAGAUAAUACGGUUAUAUUUUGCUAUGAGAUUUAGCUGCUAUGGAAUGCACUGAAUCCCCUGAAGUGUAUGUGCUGUUAAAAUUACGGGCUAAUAUGACGUUGAGCAAUCUGAUAGGCUGCAAUGCUCGUUGCAGCUGAGACGAGUGACUGAUAGGCAGUUUGCCAGUCCCUCGCGCUACGCACGCACAAAGUUGCCUACAACCAUUAUAGGCAACGAAUUGGUCUCUUGCUUUCAUAUCAUUCAAGGAUGGUGUAACAUUGUACCAUUCUCUAAUUACCCCACCCCAACUUUCAGGUGUCUGGUCGUCCCCUGUGCUCAAAGGAGAGAGACCUCCUCCCUGUAGUAGCUUCACCUUCACUAUGGUGGACCAGCACAGGGCAGUCCUCUUUGGAGGGAAACAACCUGGCCGUGGUGGUAGGGUCAAUGAUGUCUACCUGU